AUGGCAGAUAAUUCCCAGUUAAAAGGAAAACCAUCACGGAAUAUCGGUGAUGCCCGGAUUGCUGGACUUUACGACCUACAGAAAACCAUCGGCAAAGGCCAUUUCGCUGUAGUCAAAUCGGCAAGUCAUGUUUUCACGGGUGAAAAGGUAGCUGUGAAAGUGAUUGAUAAGACAAAAUUUGGUUCCUCAAUGGCAUCUCAUCUGAUAAAAGAGGUUCGUUGCAUGAAAUUGGUGCGGCAUCCAAAUAUAGUUCGCUUAUAUGAAGUUAUAGACACACAAACGAAGUUGUUUUUAAUUCUCGAAUUAGGAGAUUAUGAUAUGUAUGAUUUUAUUACGAAAAAUGCUGAUAAGGGCUGUCCAGAAAGCGAAGCACAACAGUAUUUUUGCCAAAUUAUUAAAGCAAUUGAUUACUGUCAUCAGCUGCAUGUCGUUCAUCGAGAUCUAAAGCCUGAAAAUGUAGUGUUCUUCGAACGUCUGGGCAUAGUAAAGUUGACGGAUUUUGGAUUCAGCAAUAAAUUUAUUCCUGGCCAGCAACUUGAAACUGCAUGCGGCAGCUUAGCUUAUUCAGCUCCUGAAAUCUUGCUGGGAGAUGCCUAUGACGCUCCAGCCGUUGAUGUGUGGUCACUGGGAGUUAUUUUGUAUAUGUUGUUAUGUGGUCGGCUGCCAUUCCAGGAGGCAAAUGAUUCGGAAACUCUGACAAAAAUAUUAGAUUGCAAAUAUUCUCUUCCAGAUACACUUUCCCCACAUGCUCGCUAUCUCAUAUCAAGAAUGUUAGUGAAAGAUGUCCAGAAGCGUGCAGCACUUAGCGAAAUUAUUAAUAAUUCAUGGGUGAAAGCUGGAGAUCUUGGUCUUGCUCAAAUUUUACCCUUGGUUGGACGAGAUGUGCUUUCGGAAAGUGCACAUACUGCAAUCAUUGACCAAAUGGUAGCCGGUGGUGUUGAUACGGAAGAGAAUAUUCUUCGAUCGCUAGAGAGUGAUGAUUUUUCUUAUAUUACUGCCACGUAUUAUUUACUUGCGGAAAGAGUUCUAGCAUCUUAUCGUGAAGAACGCGCUAAAAAGGCACAUGAGGUUGAGCGUCCGUCGUUAUGCGACUUACCACUUGACUUUAAAAAUUGUCCUGAAAUAAGAGAAACAGUUGGAAAAAGUGAAGAAGGAAGUGAUUAUAAAAGUAGAAGUCGAUCCAAUUCAUGGCGUAAUGGUACUUCUGUUUCGCGACGGCCAUGUACAAUUUUGAAAGAAGAAAGUGAAGAAGAGUUAUCAACAUAUCAUUGUGGUACAUCAAGGCAGUCAUCAAGGCACUCAUCUUGCUGUGUGUCAAUAUUUUCUUCUAACCCCAGUUCACAUGGACGAAUAUCACCUCAGGAUAUACAGGGCUUACUGGAAUUAUCACGUGUGAAUAUCGCGGAAGAUAAAAGGCGAACAGUUUCACCGGAGAGCCGUCUAAGCAGUCGAAGUUCUAGUCCACCAAGUUCAAGUGGUCGUACAAGUCCUGCAAUUGGUCGAUUGAAGAUUCCUUUUGCUGGAUUUAGUGGAUUGCGGAAAUUAGGCUCAUCGCCACAUCUGCUUGGAAUUUGUGAGGAGACGGAAGAAUGUGAGUUUGAUAAAGGUGCGGAACAGCGUAAGAGUGCGACUCGUCGUAGUAUUUCUGGUGCAUCAGUUGUAUCUUUAUCGGCAUCUCGACUUUUUGUUCAACCGAAGCUCUGUAAAGAAGAUUUUGCGGGUACGAACGUUACAUACAGUAAUGUGCGCAUGAUCAGGCGACGUCAAGCAAUGGUCUCACCAGAUAUGGCUCAAAGGUAUAAGCAGAGACUUCCUUUACGACAUCAUGCGGUAAAAGCACAAAGGAGCACAAGUUGUUCAUCAAGCGAAACGUCGGAUGAUGACAAUGAGAGAAGAUUGAAUUUUUUGGCCUCCAAAUAUUGUUCUAAUUGUGGAAGCCGACGAGAUAACGACGAUGAUCCAUCAAAGGGUAAUGGAGGGUCAUCGACUGGUCCAAGCAAUUCAGGAAAUGAGCCAAUCACUGGAAACACGAUAAAUGCUUCUGAUAAUGCUUCAUGCGAUCAUGACUGCCAAUAUUCUGUAUUUCAAGAACAAUCAUCUCGACAUCGCAGUUCGUUGGGUCUAAAAUCGUUGGACAUUACUCAAGUGGUGCCUACAGCUUUACAUCCUAUCAGAGAAAUGCCAGCAACACUUUUCUCUCACUCACUUUGUCAGAGGGAUGAAGAAGAAAUAGCGGAACGAGUGGAUUUCUCAUGUCUGUAUUUGACUCGAACCGAAAAACAAGCUAAACAUUGUGCUUUUACACCGGUAAAGCAUUCUUGA